CUAUAUGGGAAAUCCCCUAUAAGGAAAAAUAUCUUGGGCUAACCUGUUUACUGUAGGCUAUUUACAGUUCAACUUAUACAGCUAUUGACAACUCUGAAACCUAAAACAGAUUUCAAUGGAUUGAAUGAUUUAUAUGAAUCCCCCAAAUAAAGUACAGUAAAGAAAUGUGAUAUUGAAUUAUCAAGGAGUACAGAGAUAUGGGUUUAGAAGAAGAAAGUUUGCAAAGCAUAUCUUCACACAUAUCACUAAAUGAUGAAAGAAACAAAAAGUCACAAAAGAACGGGAAGAACUACAGUUUAAGCCCAAUACCAGACUUAGAUAUGACAUUACAUUGUGACAGAAAGGCUGAUAAUUGGCCAAAAUCUAGAAAUAGUAAAAACAAACAAUUAAGACUGCAAGAAUCAAAAUCAUUGAAUAAGGAUACAUUUAAAUCCAAAAGGAAGGUUGAGCAUGAAGAAAAAAGAAAAAAGAAUAAUGAAACAAAUUAUUCAAAAAUGUCAAGAGAUAAAUUAGAGGUUGAAAAAGAUCUGGAUAUGGAAGAUUUCAGUAAAUUUACAAAACUGAAAAUAGAGGCAUAUUUUUCCAAUCUUGAAGUUAAGAAAUACCAAGAAGCGUCAUUUGUUGAUUCUAAUUCUCACGAAGAAACCAAAGAAGGUUUACCUAAACCUCAGAACCCUCAUAGUGAGACCUACAGCACACAUCUGGGUCAUUCAAGUGAGACCUGCCAAUCUCGUCAUCGCCAUCGUAGUGAAACUAACCUGAAGCAACCUUGUGCUCAGCCAAGUGAACAUGAGGAAUAUACAGAAAAAAGAGAUCUGUCUAAAGAUGAACGUCAAGUUUCUGCUAAAUACAGGACAAAAGCUCUUUUAGCAAGAAUUUACAGGAAACUAAAGAACAAUAAAGAUAACAAGAAUGGUACAUUAGAUUUAAUCCUUAAAUUGGUAAGGGAUGGGAUAUUUCCAGUAGAUCAGGUCCAGACGACCCUGGAAUCUAUUAUCAAAACACAACAAUUAAAGUGUAAAAUGGACCAGACAAACAACCAUACUAAAGAAUCAUGCCAGAAAGAAAGUCAGAAAAUACUGAAGGUUUGGUGUGAAGAGAAAGAAGAGGAUUAUGAAGGAGAAAAAAUGGACCCAAUGAAAGAUGAAGGAGAACAUACUGUCUUGGACCCAAUGAAAGUGGAAGGGGUUCAUACUGACUUGGACCCAAUGAAAGAUGAGGGGGUACAGUAUGACCUGAACCAGAUUACUGAUACAGAUAGCAUUGUAAAAGAUCAUAUGGAGAAAAUAGUGACACAAAAUACAGAUUUAACCAAAGAAUCUUUGAAGGAGAAAUCUGUAGUGGUAGAAUGUAAUGGAGAAGUGUUGACAGAUGAAAUAGAAUGUGGCAAGAAAGAAAUUCUGUCAAAACAUGAUUCCUGUGUCAGCUGUAAAGAAAUACACCAAUUCACCAAGUCUAAAGGACAAAAAAAACAAGUUAAAGGUAAAGUAACAGAAGGAGGUACCAUUAGAUUGAACCAUUUCAGAAACAGUGAAUCAGGAAACAUAAAUGUGACAUGUCAGUAUACAAAGAAGAUUGCCAGAAAGCCAAGGAAAAGUUUGACAUGUAAAUAUGAGACACUUUAUACAAGAAAUCAACGACCACAAUAUACUAGUAAAUGUAAAAUAAGGUAUACAAGAAAACGGCCACCACAUUUCACAGAUACAACUGUGAACAGAAAACAGAGACCCCAAUUCACUAGUCCAGCUGUUACCAGGAAAUGGAGACCUCAUUUCACAAGUGAAUAUCCAGCAUUUCGUAGAAAACAACGACCACAUGGAAGACAGUCAACAGGAGGACACUUCAAUGCAACUGAUGGACAAAUGGGAAAGGGAGAUCACCCAUGUAAUGAGUUGACUGAUAGCGACUCUGGUCACUUUACCAGUCGUGGAAGUCAAAAAUCAGAUGAAGAAGAAACAGAAAAAGAAAAACACAGAAGAGAAGAUGAUGAAAAAGACAAAGAUGAAAACGAGGAGCCUCCUGUUGAUAGUGGCAGCAAGGGAGAUAAUAAAGACAGAGUCAGCAGAAAUCUGGACGUGAUAACUAAUUUUAAGUACAGAAGAAAACAUGGAUGUAUGUCCGGAGGAGAAAAUAAACUAAGUGACAUACUGGGUCUCUUGUUAAAUGAAACAGAGGAAUUGAAAGUUCCACCUGACAUCUUUGAUGAGAUCAAUUUAUGUCUUAUGACAAGUAUGCAAGUUAAAUCAGCAGGGGAGACAACUACAUGCUAUAUUUGUACCCACCUUUCUGCACUGAUUUGCCAUUUUGGUUCAUGCAGUAUGGGAUACCAAGAUUCCUGUUCCCUCUGUAUGACUUUGUUCAGACUUAUACAGAAGCAUGUUUCUAUCUGUGGAUUGUCAGAUAGUUUUACGUCAGAAGUCACAUGUCCAGUUAUUAUUUGUGUCAAACUGAAGAGAGCAGAAAUAGCAGAUAAUACUGAGAAAGUAUGGAAGAAAUUAAAGAAGAAUUUGGCCAGGUUUGCUAAUCCUGAUGCAGUAGAUGAUGAUCCAUUUUCCAGUAUUGACAGCAUUUCUAGCAUCAAGAGUUUAAACAUGCCUCGUCAUCAGAGACUCAGUACAGUAAGUCGUCCAGUGCUAGAAAGCAUUCCAGAACUUAGAAUGGAUAGGAGAAUGGAAUCACGAAGCCAGAAAUCCGGAAGUAAAAAGGUGUCUAAGUCUGAGCCAUUGAUGAGGAAGAUGUCAGAUGGUAGCACUGUAAUGAUGACAUCCAAUCUUCCUAAACGACUUCAGCAGCAGCAGGAUGAACUGGCAUCUCUUCCUUAUAGUCAAACAACAAGAAAUCGUAGUGUCACACUUGACCGACCAAGAGAUAUAUUUACAGACAGUACUGACUAUCCUCUUUAUCCAGACCCCAUCCUGUAUGAAACCCCCACUCCAACAGAUUUUAUUGGUACUCUCCGUACACCUGAGUCCAGUCUACAUCUCCCUGCAGAGGCUUAUCAGUUACCAUCAGAUUCCAGUGUUCAUACCUCUUUACCUCUGGUUAGAGACGAAUCUUUGGAACUGGCAUCAGGUGGUAUAAAUCAGGAGUACGUUUCACUGCCAGGUCGUGUGUAUGUUGAAGACAGACUUACCAGUAUGCCAAAUGUUAGACCACAAGAAUAUAGAGAAAGGUACCAGUCAUUGGUUGAUAGACCAACAGGAACACCAGGGAUACAGGACGUAAUUUAUGGUGAUAGAAAACAUUUGUUGGGUCCUGCCAGGAUUUGGUUUGAUAUGAAAAAGCAAUGGAAAAAUGGUAAAAGAUAUGACACAAGAGAAGAAGGUGUUAUACUUCCUCAGUUUCAGGAUAGAAUAAAAAUACUGAAGACAAGAUACAGUAAGAAUUUCCAGUGGGUGAGAUUAUCUCAUCUAGGUAGUGGUACGUCUGGCAAGUGUCACCUUGCUAUGGACUUCAAUACAGAUUACAAAUUCUGCAUUAAGAAGAUUCACAUUUCGAAAUAUGAAUUCAAUGAACUAGAGAUUUGGAGUGAUUUGACACAUCGAAACGUUGUUCAGCUUAUUGGAACCUUGAGAAGAGGCGAAAAAAUCUAUAUCUUGUCAGAGUUUAUUGAUGGUGGCUGCUUAACAGAAACAAUUAACAUGCAGAGAUCUAUGAGUCGUAGACUAAGUCAGAUAACGGCUAUCAAUUACUUUAAACAGAUUCUAGAAGCUCUGGUGUACCUGGAAAAAAGAUAUGUUAUUCAUGAAGAUUUAAAAGCUGAUAACAUUCUAGUAAGGAGUGGAACAAAAGAUGUUGUGAUCACAGACUUUGGUGUGGCUAGAAAGUUAACUAGUAGCACCGACAAACGUGGAGCAACUCCUAGUGGAUCACAAAUUGUAUUUAGUCCAGAAAAAGCCAGAGGUGAAGGCCAUGGCUAUAAAUCUGACCUAUGGUCAGCUGUAUGUGUCCUUGUCCACAUGCUGACUGGUUAUCCACCAUGGGUCAGGAAAUAUCCAAAUAUUGGAGCAUUGAUAUAUGUAAUAAUUCAACAAGAGCCAGAUAUCCCAUCAAAUAUAAGUGUUGAAAUUGCCCAGUUAAUACGAGAGGGGUUUAACAAAGAUCCAGACAAGAGACCAGGAUCAGAAAAACUUCUCCAACAUGAAGCUUUCAAAAUGUUAGAUGAUUUCAACCAAGAGAUUUUAUAUUCUACUCUGUAUGCAUCUGUACGUCAAAUACCUGAUACAAAGUUUGAAUCUGUACGUCAAAUAAAUGAUACAAAGUUAGAUGCACCGUCAUCUGCAGAGGGAGAAAAUGUUGACAUUGUUAAAGAAAUUGAAGAGGAUCUCAAAAGUAUUCAAAUUUCUAAUGACUGUGAAACUCCAAAAAAGAUUGAGAUAAGUGAAGAGAAGAGAGAACCUGAAGAAAAUGAUUCGUUAGAGAAUACAGGUGUUUUAGAAAAGGCAGGUGAUAGAGCUAAUUCUUCUAUAAAUAACCAAGUACGAAAGCUAGCUAUAGAUUUUGGCAUUUCAUUACCAGAAAACGUAAACUGCCAAGAAACAGAACCACCAGAAAAUCUAUUUGAGGAGUACAUGUUUGAUAUAGGAGCCAUUACUUUAACCUCAUUAGGACUAGAAGAAUGUAAUUCUACAACUGAGAAGAGGGACUCAGACUCUGAUGUCAGCCAGAGUGACUUAGAAUUUGAAGCCCAGCCUCAUUCUGAUCUGCCUAAUUUUGCUUUACUCUAUCCUAAAGCAUUGACAGAAGAAGAGAAAGUAGUAAAGAAGGAGAGAGAAGCUAUUGUUGAUGAGUUCGCUGACAAGAUCCUGUCCCAUCAGUUAUCAAGAACAGAAUCUCAAAACCGAUCGUUUGAUAGCUAUUUUAGUAGUCAGAGUGAAGUUUCACAGGAGAAAAUAAUAGAUCAAAUGUCCAAAUCUUCCCUGGAUGUUCCUAACUUGACUGUUUUUUAUGAAAGAAAUCCUGUCAUUUCGCAGGAACGUAAAGAGUCAGAAAACUCUACACCAACAAUAACUGCUCUGAAUACAUUGUCUCCCCUAUCAUCAGUGAGUUCUGGCUCAGUGGAGCAGAGAGUUGAAGUUCUUCAGAGACCAACCUCCACCUCCCCCUCCAUCAUCAGUUCAAUGUUUUCUAUUGCAGAAGAAGAUGAUAUUGACGAUGAGAAUCUGUUUGGCUCAGGAGAAGGAGUAAAUCUCUUACAACCUAAUCUAAGUAAGAGUAUGGAGACUGAGACUAGAACCAGAGAUAUCUCAGUAAAAAAGACCAACCAUGCAAAAUUAUACCUAGAUCUAAGUCCAGCCACUAAAAGGAAGCAGUUUGCAGGAGGUAGCAGGUCAGAUCCCAAUACAGCCAGUGUAAGCACAGACCAGACGUCCCCACUGCCACCAACGGCACCAUACUAUACGCCACAGGUUCAACGUGCAGCGCCAUUCAUGCCAGUUAGAUCCAUACCAAAGACGACAUCUGGUCUGGGAAGUAGUGUGGGAAAAUCUCCACCUCACACACCACAUCUUAGCAUUGAGAAUGAUACAUCAGGAGCAUUCUCAUCACCUCAGAGUCAGCAAGAAGAAAUUGAUAAAUAUCUUGAACAGUUGUCUACUAGUAAUACCAGCGACCAUCUCCAGUCACAAGAAAUAGAUACACAUAUAGAGGAAUCUGCCAAGUUUGCUUUAGAGGAAGAUGAUGACAUGGAAGCCAGUAUGUUGUAUAUACAAAACCAGUAUUGUGUACAAACUCCUUCAAAUCAUAAUGGAUCCAGGUUGACUGUACAUCAUAAAUCAGGGGAUAAUUUUACAAUGGAGCUCCCAGGAAUGGUAGUCAAACAACAAUGGAAAGAAAUUAUUGAAAAGGAAUGCUCGGACUAUAUUCAUGAUAGAAUGGGUGUUACAAAGUUUGUUCUAUUGGAUGGUAACAAGGAAUUUCUUGAUCUACAGAAAAGUCCAAGUCAGGGAGAAAUCUUUGUUUAUGUCAAAGAAGUUGAGGAUACAAGUACUGCUCCCUGGUAUUGUGAAGCUGGAAUGAUCAUGUGACAUAUCAAAUAUAGAUGUAAUAAUAUAAUAUAAUAAUGGCAUCAAAUUUCUGCAGAUACAAGCUGUUAUAUAUAACAAGUUAAUUGAAUAAUUGUUUAUUCCAUUUAAUUUUUUUUUAUAUUCUUGAAGUAUUUUCAUAUUGAAGAUAAGGUUUUACAAAUAGUGUUUUAACCUGUUAAAAACUUAGUGUUUUUUUCAUACAUAUGACAUUGCAUAAUCCUAUUUUGCACACCGGUGAACUACAUAACCAUUUAUUGCAUUAGUUGUUUUUUUCUUAAUCCUUUUUUUGUGUACCAAUUUUAUUUUAAUCAUGCAUAGUGUACUUGUUUAUUACAUAAUCAUUUAUUGCAUAGGUCUUCUAUUUUGACAAAUCCUUAUUAUAUACCUGCUAACUGCAUAAUUCUUCAUUGUAUACUGGUUCAUCAUGUUCAUAGCAUAAUCCCUAAUUGCAUGUCAUAAUUGCAUAAGGUCUACUAUGUGAAAAGAAAUUCAUUAAUUGCUUAAGGUAAUUACAAUAACUGAUGGUAAUUUGAUUAAAGAUAUUUGAUUUGAAUAUAAAAAUGCAAACUGGUCAUCAGUAAGGUUGCAGUAAGGUUUACGUUAAAUAAGUUUUCAAUAAAGAAAUCAUAAUUUAUUAAAAAAGUUAUAAGUUGAAUCUUGUUCCCAUUGUUAGUUUUGACAUCAUUGGCCCAUGCUCACUGUCUUGUUUGUAUUAAUUGAACAGAAAGGCAACUACUUUCAGUUAUUAGAUUAAUCAUAUUUUUGGUAACUUCAGGGUGCUGUGAAUUGUAAAAAAAAAUCUGAAAUUUGAGUUGAGCAAUUAAGACAAAUCAACAAUGUAACACUUCCACAUUUUGUUAUGUGGUAAUUUUUAUUUUUAUAGAAGAAGACAAAAAUACAUGUUAUUGAAUACUGACAAUUCAUAAAAAAAAAAAUUUAAAUAAAAAACUGAGGGAAAAAAAAUGAAAAUUUAUGUCAAUAAUUAUUCUUAUAACCCCUAACAAAAUUAUUUGUAUUGUAAAUGACAAAAAAGUCCAGAUUUUUAUAUUUAUUGAUUUACACCUGAGUGUUGUAAAAUAGAGUAUAUUUACAAAAAAUGAUCACAAAUUAUAUAACAAUAUUUAUAUUUUUAUAGUGUAAUUUGAUUCAUUUGAAGAAUCACAUGUUUAAGUAUUUUUUCAAAGGUAGACUGAAAACAGCAGAUUGAAAAGUGAUAUUGCAGUUAUUUUUAAUAACCAAUCAAAUAAAUUUCUCCUCUACUUUUGACUUAUUUACAAUAAUAAUAUAACCAUUGUAGCCUUUUUCUGAGGUCAAUAUGAGGACAAAAAUGUAAAGAGGUAUAUUGACCUCAAACUUUGUACUUUUUUCGCUACAGUAGAAAAUCCUUAACAAGUGGGUUUUUAUAUAUAAAAAAAAAGUCCUGAUUAUUACCUAGAUAAAAGAUCAAAGGAAUAUACAUUAACCAAAGAGAAUUUCAGAAUUAUUGAAUGCUUACUUUCUAUUAGCUUUUGAUGAAAUUAUGAUAGUCCAUUGGAGUCACUCCAUGUCCCUACCAUCAAAAUAGUGCAUAUUAUUUGUUGUGCUUCUUAUUACAAUAUUUACUAAUAUUGACUAAAAUUUUACACUUUAUGUUUCUGAAAUUGUAAUGUUUGUUGCUUAUACUAGACUAUUAAAAAAAAAUUUUAACAUGCAUUUAUCAGUCAUUUCUAUUAUGUGUAGUGGAAUAAAAAAGGUUUUUACAAAAGGAAACAAAAGAGGGAUUUUUGUUUUGUUUUCCUUUAUUCUUGAAAUAUUCACAUCUGAUUACCACAUUUGAUAUAACCUUUCUGUUUAGACUGGUAUUAUGAAAAUAAUUGUAUAUUGUUUAAGAUACAUAUCCCUUGCAUAAGAGCAUCACUGUGUGUGCUGUCUGUCGUUAAUGGAAGAUGUUUUGUUUACUAUUAAAUUAUUUAUUUGUGCAUUUCUUA